AUGGUUAACACUGGCCGUCUUUUUAUAAUCGGCGUUUCUAUUCUUAUCGGUUUUUUGGCAUAUACCAGUCAAAUAUUUAUUUUUUGGGAUUUUUUGGGUGGACUCAAUGUACAUUGUUUAACAGUCUUAAUACCAUUCAACAUCUCUGUGAUAUUAAUAUAUUGGAAUUACUAUUUAACAUGUACAACAGAUCCCGGAAGAGUGCCAAAAGAUUGGUAUCCCAAGGAAAAUCAAGAAGAUGUAGAAAUAAAACGAACUACACAUUCUCCUCGAUAUUGUAGGACAUGUUCAGCUUAUAAACCACCUCGAUCCCAUCAUUGUCGGACUUGUCCAUGGACUAAUAAUUGUGUAGGAUAUUUCAACUAUGGCCAUUUUAUCCGCUUUGUUUUCUGGGUUGAUGUGGCUUGCCUUUAUCAUAUCAUAUUAAUGAUCAAACGAACAAUGCGACUAAUUGAAGAUAUAUCUUAUGUUAGAUUUCCUGUUGAUGAGCCAUCGUCACUAGAAAUCAUCUUUUUGGUUCUAAAUUAUGCCGCUGUAAUACCUGUAUUUUUUUCUGUUGGUAUGUUAAGCCUGUAUCACUUUUAUUGUAUGUGGACAAACACCACUACGAUUGAAAAUUGGGAAAAAGAUAAAGUUGCUACAAUGGUUCGAAGAGGUAAAAUUAAAGAGGUAAUCUUUCCGUAUGAUAUUGGUUUCAUAGAAAAUAUUGGUGCAAAUCUUGGUGAUAAUCCGUUAUUAUGGUGCUGGCCACAAGAAAUUAAAGGUACUGGGUUAUCUUUCCCAAUCUCAAAAGACGCAGACCCAUCAAUUAUAUGGCCACCAAAAGAUCCUGAUGCUGUUUCUACUUCUUCCUUGGCACCAAAGCCAUGGGAUAUUUAUAAUAAUCAUAACAAUUCUUUUUCUCGUAAUCAAAAAUAUCCUCGACAAUUUAUUAGAAGAGAUAGUGAGGGUUAUUUAGUUAGGGAUAUUUCGUUAGAAGAACGUGCUAUGUUAUCCAGUAAUUAUGAAUGUGAAGGUGAUGAAGACCAUAUAGAUGAUCCUUACCAUAAUUCUGAUGGUAGUACUUUAUAUUCCGAGAGUGAUGAAUAUUCUGAUAAUGAUGAAAAAAUAAUAGAAGAAAUUGCAUAUGACGAUUUUGAUGAUGAUAAUUAUCCUGAACAUAUAGGUGUUGGUGAUGAUAGAAAUGAUUAUGGUCAUUCAAUUAGACGUUUUACGAAAAAUGAUCAUCAAUCUUCGGCUGUUCAUGAACAAGAACAAUCUCGGAAUAUUAA